CUGUUUGUGAGCCGCAGUGUGUGUGUGUGUGUGUGUGAAGCGUAGUGUGUGUGAAGCGCAGAAGUCUUUCAGUGCAGCAGAGAGCUACAACCAGCGCUGAGUUCAUCCUUGUUUAGCUGCACUGCUCCACCGGGCCCAGGAUGUGGGUUUGUCUGUUAAACCGUGAUGUGUGUGGUGAAUGAAUGGCAGUGGCACUGAGCUGGAGACGCUUUGCCGUGGACUCUUUGGACUCUUUAGACACACACAUAGGUUAUGGAUGCUGGAUUAUAAACUGCAGAACCUGAGUGGUGAAGAUGCAGCACACUUCGUGUACAGAGGACAGGAUCCAGCACGCUCUGGACAGGUGUCUGGACGGGCUGAGACAAAGCCCCACGGCAGCACACCACUGGAACGUACUCAUGUGCUCGGCGGGUCAGUCAAUGAACCGCUGGAGCCUGGAGGAGAUGGUGAAGAGGGAUCCUGAGAACUUCCUCAUCCUCUUGCAACAGAUCAUCAGAAAGACCAAAGAGGUUCAGGAGCAGUGUCAGUAUGAACUGGUGGCUCCCCUCGCUAUCAUGUUCUCCUCCACGCUGCUUCAGACACCAUACUGUCCUCCAGACACAGAGCUGCUGGAGGAAGCUAUUGAGGUGUUUCGCUUCUUCCUCACCUGGCCUGAGCCUUACUGCAGUGUGUGUAAAGACCUCCUCUCCACUCUACAUCUGGAGAUUAAGGCCCCAGGGAUUUCCUUUCAGAGACUGGUGAGAGAAGAGCAGGGCCUCACCACCCCUAACUUGUGCUCCAAGAUCAUGACAGUGCUGCUUAUGAACCCAAAUGAGGUGCCCGCUGACUUUAUCUCAGUGGCUGAGCAACUCAGUUUCAUUCAGCACUCACAGAAAGAGACCUACAUCACGCUGAUCAAGCACGCCUUCCAGUCCACAUUAGGCACCAAGUACCCUCUACAUCGUAUCUACAGAGCCCUGCAGGUAAAAACUGUGAUUGAAUUGGGGGAGAUCUUCUCCACGGUAAGUGAUGUCUUAGAGGCGGCCGCUGCCAUGAGUGACCCUCUGACGGGCCGCAGUCACGUGAUCCAGGGACUUGAGCAACUGAGGGAGAGGCUGAAUAUCCCAGCAUCCAACGGAAGGAAGUCUGAUGGAAUGCUCCAAACUCUACCAUUGCCUACAGCAAAAUGUUACAUGUUUCGCUGGGAAAAAGAUAACUUUGAUGUUCUAAACACUCUUUUGGAUCAUGACCCUGAUGACCUGGCAACUAUUGGGCAGGCUGAGGAUGAAGAGGAGGUAGACAUUGAUGAUGAUGAGGAGGAGGAGGAGGAGGAGGGGGAUGUGACAGAGAUUGAUGGUGAAGAAGAGGAGGAGGAGGAAGACAAAGAAGAGAACGAACACAGAGGAGAAUUGCCUUCAGUAUCCAUUCAUUCCAUUCCUAACGGCUGCAGCGUCAAUCACCGUGCCUCCACCUUCUCCACCCUCUCCUCCCUGUCCACCGCCUCCAAAGACUCCAUGUUCUCCACCUUGUCCAUGACCUCAGAGUCCUACGCUCCAUCCCUCUUCUCUGUCACUUCUGGAGCUGACAGUGACUAUUUUGAUGAUUCUGAUGAGAACAUCUGCUCCUCUCCCGUUGCCGAAAAAUGCUCGCCGAGGUCUAUCAACAAAACUUCUGCUCGGCUGAGCCAGCACUUUUACCGGCUCUUCAGCAAACCUAAGAAGCCUCGGUCACUUUCCAGGGCCAAAAGCUUAGGAAACACAGAAUCAAAAGACCUUGUAGUGGUGCGAGAGAAGCGCUCCAACUCUCUGCCACAGCAAGUCAAGUUACGUAGUCCUGAGCCCCUACUUCAGCCACAGAGUCAAACUCUCAGACAUGUAUGCUUCCGAAGGAGGCCCAUUCUCAGCAGUGAUGAGGACAAUAAGAAUACUACGCUGAGGGUGGUGGUGUUUGGUGCUGAUCAUGUAGCAGGCAAGGUGGCCCGGGCAUACAAUAGCCUAAGGAGGAAGGAGAGUGCAUGCCCACGCCUCAGCAGGGCCUUCAAUCUUCAGUUCUACUUUGUGCCUGUAAAGAGGGACUCAGCAGCAGGACCGGGGAAUCUGAAGUUUACUACUUCUACUUCUAUGAUUCAAAAAGGAGUUGCCCUGUUUGAUGAUCUUCACCUCACGGGCACAGGGGACAGUACAAAUGACAUUGCCCAUCUCCUUGGUAUGUUGGAUCCUUGGUAUGAAAGAAACACCCUUAGCCUGCUUAACUUGCCUGCCAACGUCGUCUGCCAGCAAACCUCUAAGACUGAGUCAGAGUCAUAUGAUAGUUCAUAUGAGCAGCGUCUGCCCAUCCUGGCUGAUUUGGUCCUGUACUACUGCCGCUAUGCCGCCCGACCAGCUCUGAUCCAGCUCUAUCAGGCUGAGUUGACUUUAGCUUGUGGAGAGAGGAGGACUGAGGUGUUCGUCCACUCCCUAGAGUUGGGUCACAUAGCAGGAACGCGAGCCAUCAAGGCCAUGGGUGCUGCCAGUAAACGAUUUGGUAUUGAUGGUGACCGAGAAGCAGUGCCUCUAAUGUUGGAGGUGGUGUACAACAGGGUGGUGAUUAGUGGGAGAAGCCAGUGGAAAAGAGAAACCAAAGUCUGUACUUCAGUAAACUUAACCAAAGCAUGCAAGAAUCCUGAGGAACUAGACUCAAAGAUGGAGUGCCUGCAGCUCACGAUGACUGAGGUGCUGAAGAGACAGAAUGGUAAAAGCAAGAAGGGCUACAACCAGCAGCUGAGCAUGACAGAGGUGAAGGUGGACAAGGUGCAGGUCAGCGGUGCCGGAAACACAACUUUUGCUGUAUGUUUGGACCAGGAUGAGAAAAAAAUACUGCAGAGCGUCACCAGAUGUGACAUAUCAGUGUGCUAUAAACCUGACAGCUUUACUGACUGGAGGCUAAGAAAAUCACGGAACUCAGCUCAAAUCCAACCUCUCCAUCCAACCUUCUGCUCCCUCCUCUGCCUGCCCAUAGUCACUUUCAGUGGAGCUCUCCCCUGAGACUGCUGAUGACCACUGGUUUGGGUGGUUAUUUAUAUGCUCUGCAUAACAGACACUGACAGCAGAGGGAAAGUAAACAGGACAUUCAGUUCUAUUUUUCCCAUUUCCACCUGGUGCUGUGGUCAAGUUGACAUGCUAGCACCCUCAAAUGGCAGCGGGACACAACUAUUGGAAACACGAGGACUUGCGCAGAAGGUGUACUCAGGAAAUUGCAGAACUGGCUGGCCUUUGACAAUACAAACACAUGCCAAAGAACCUGAGAAACAAGGAAUGACUAGAGAUACAAUGUUCUAAUGAUUUUGAAUACAGCUUUCUCUGAACAAAGCAACCAUUUACACUUGUUAAGGAAACUGUUCAAAUUUAGUAUGAUAGGUUUCACUUCCUCCUUCCCUGUUGGCCGAAAAGCUGCUUUACCUGCAGUAACAUUAGAAUAUAAUUUGGUCAAACAGGGUGAAUCUACAGUACAGGAUCUCAGGUGAAACGGCACCCAAACUUGCAACACCAAUAUGUUGUAAUAAGCCUUUGUCCUACCGAGAGAUGUAAUGUAAGAUCAUCUUGAAAUCAGCAUUUUUGGACAUGGAGGACCAGAUGGAUUAAUUGUUCUUUUACACCUGUUGACCAGUGUGUACUAUGUAAUGCCUCCAUUAGAGGUGAUUAUGGGACUAUGUGACUAUAUCUGAGAAUGGACACUAUGAAAUUACAUAAUAUGUAUAUAUAUUAUCUGUAAAAUGCUGUAUUGCACGCCCUAACUUGAAUGUUACACCAUAACGUUUUAUGUCUGUUUUACAUGGGCUUGUAGUGAAACAUUUCUCCUGUGGAGUUAAAAUGAAACCACUGUUAUACAUAUGACCAGCAGGGGGCUCUGUUAACUUCCAUUUGACUUCAGUGGAAGCACAGACUACUUUAAUAAUCCAGAGUUGGCAAUCACAACCCUGUAAUAUGACAAAUACAUUUACCUUUAGCUUGUAGUAAAGUCUCACUUUGUAAUACCUGUAAUGUAAUCUAUGCAAAGUAAAAACGUUUAUUUCAUCUAAGGAACAGAUGGAAGAUAAAUUUGAUAUUGUGGUGCUAGAAAUACAUUCGGAUGCACAUCGUCCUUCAUAAAAAAGGAACUGUUUCAUUGCACUUUGCAUACUGUAAACUAUGACAUUUUUAAGAAAAUCAUAUUGUUAUGUUGCUGUAAGGGGAUACUAUUCAGAUAACUUGACUGAGACUAAAAUAGUAGCACUGCACGGACAUAUAUUUAAUAAAAUUGAAGCACUUGAACAUUAGAUUGAAUAAAUUAGGUACUUUUAUGUUCAGAUAAAUGCCUGUCACCACUGCCCUAUCCCUACAUGACAUUUCUUGAUAGAAAUAUUGCAAAUAUAAUAUUAAUUUAAUUAUUGUAUGUAUAUCACCUAUGAGAUGGAUAUAUUUUAAAUUCAAUCUUCAUUAAAAUAUAUGUCUUCAACUGGA